GCGAGUAUCGACGCGAAUCCGCCAGACGAACCCAGACGACCAGUGUUAAAACGUCAUACCUUGUGAUUGUUACCUUUCGGCGUUAUAAAUUUAUAUCAGCGUCUCGACAAGUUCGACAAGUACAUGGUGUAACUUGAAACAACGUUUCGGCGUUUCCAUCGUGACUUGUCCAUCUCUAAUCUGAUCCCGGCGCAUUCAAGCUCGGCUCCGUUACGUCAACCUCACGUCAGUCACGUCGUUAAUCACCGCGAACGCGGGUACAUAUAUACACAGUGUCGACUGUGGUGAUGCGGUAACCCGUUAAUCAGUCCUUCAUUCGACGUAAUCAUGGACGCCGGUGAUUUCGUUGAGCAUUAAGCUUGAGAGAAAUAUCGGUCUAAAUUAAAGCUACGCUUCGCCUAAACGAUCAUUAUGCUUGCGCCGAUCCGCGUGCGCCUGUUGCUGUUCUGCUAUACUACGAGCGAUCCCGUGGCAAAAGGAGAGAGUGCAGAUCGCGAACGUAGAUUCGCGCCGGUCAACAGGAUCCUACUAGAAGGCGAAGGGCGUAGUACCUUAUGACGAAGCCAUGUACACCUGCCAUCCCUUUAUCCUUUGGCUGACGGCAUUCGAUAUUUUCGGGACAUCUUACUCCGCGAAAUUGAUCGAGAACAACAAAUCGCUUUGAUUCACAUUCUUCUUGAUUUUUUUCAAUUGAAGGUUCAAGGAUGCAACGAAGUCAGCUGAGGGACCUCUCAUCCUGGAUGACGCGUUUAUUCCCGGAGCCUGGAGACGGUAGUAAUCAGAUGACCGAGGGAUUCAAAAUGUUCGGUUCGAAAAACAGCUCGCCCACUAGCACGUUUUAUACUGAUCUAGAAAUCACGGAGGACAAACAGGAAUUUCAACAGGAGAACGAACAUUCCAAAGCACCGGAACAACAGAGCACAACCAACGAAAAUGGGAACUCGCAAGAUUCAGACACAGCAACAGGUGUUGAGGAGCAACGCUACGUCAGACAUUCCUUCCACAGGAUCGCCAGUUUCGGUGGCUUUCCGCGAUUUCAGUCCUUCGUCAUGUCCGCUUCCACACCCGCCGAAUGCAUCGAUAUCACUAGGCAUGAGGAAACUUCAACGGAAACGUCUUACAUUAAAAUGUCGCAUAGUGUUUUAGAGUAUAGAAGUAGCAGGUACGUAGCUUCAGAAAGGAGGUCUCAUCAGUAUACAUUAGAUACUUACGCGGUAAGCGAAUCCGAGAGUGAAGAAGAGUCAGAAGAAACUAGAUCUUCAGAAACAGAUUCUGCCAUAGUGGCUGAUCAUACGGAAGAGUCGAUAUCGGAGCCUAAACUACUAGCGAAGAAAGGUUCCCCUGACUCGAAACGAAAGAAGGCAUUACGUGUAGCACAAGAGUUACUAGCGACUGAAAAAAAUUAUGUGAAUAUUCUGCAUCUGAUCGAUCAAGUGUUCCAAUUUAGGGUUGAUCAGGAAAACAGAGCGCAUCCAAUGUUCCCUCCAGAGACUGUCCAACAGAUGUUUUCAAAUAUUAAAUCUAUUUAUAAAUUCCACAAUGACUUUCUAUUGCCGCAAUUUGAAGAAAGAAUGCAAUGUUGGGAUUCAAAUCCGAGAAUCGGUGACAUAAUGAAGAAUUUUGCGCCAUUUCUUAAAAUGUAUACAGAAUAUGUAAAGAAUUUUGAUUACGCCAUGAAUUUGAUAAGCACAUUGCAAAACAAAGUUUCCAGAUUUGCAGCGAUUGUUAACGAAAUUCAGAAGCUCAAUGAAUGCGCUAAAUUGUCGUUAGCACAUCAUAUGUUGAGUCCUAUACAGAGGCUGCCGCGAUACGAGCUACUUCUCAAGGAUUAUUUACGAAAUCUCACUGAAGACAAUCCUGAUUAUGAAGACACAAAAAAGGCUCUAGAGUUAGUAUCAACCGCCGCAAAUCAUACAAACGAAGCAAUGAAAAAAAUCGAUAAAUUUAAAAAACUUCUGGAAAUUCAAGAGAGUAUAUACGAUGCAACUGAUCUAGUUAGUGCGACUCGCGAACUAAUAAAAGAAGGACGUAUAGUGAAAAUUUCAGCGCGUAGUGGAGAUCAUCAGGAGAGACAUUUGUUUUUGUUUAGUGAUUUAUUAUUACUCUGCUCAAUAAGACUGAUACCCGGUCCUAUGUAUCGAUUAAGAGCUAAAUUUAUGGUGGAAAAUUUACAAGUAGUUGAGGGAGACAAUCUAGAAACCGCAAAUACUUUUUAUAUAAGGGAUGAAAAUAAAAGUGUCGAAUUAUAUACACAUGCUGCCGCGGAAAAAGCAGCAUGGCUGGAUGCACUGUUCCAAACGAUGCAAGAGAUCAUGAGACGUAAGGCCAGUCUGAAAACUGGGAAUGUUAAAACUUCUUUGGUUAAAGCUGAUGAUGUAACUAGGUGUAUGGUUUGCGAAGUUAGUUUUUCUGUGAUGAAGCGAAAGCACAAUUGUCGGGCUUGUGGAAUAGUGGUUUGCAGUAAAUGCUCAAAUCAGAAAUUAUUAUUUGAAGACAAUAAGAAUAUGAGAGUAUGCAGAUUAUGUCAUGCCGCGCUCACUCAACCGCUCACCAAAUCACCGUCGUCACCGUCUGGACCAGUGCCAAGUUUGCUACAGGUAUCGGCGAGUGCGCCAUCAGUAUUAUCCGGAUACCUGUUACUAAAAACGCAGGCCAGUAAGCCUUGGACAAAACGAUGGUUCGCAUUGCACGUUGAUUUCGUUUUGUAUUCGUUCAAAUCCGAGUCGGAGAGUAUGGCUAUGACAGCGACGCCCAUGCCGGGAUUUAUGGUUACGGAAGGUACAAAAUUACCCGAUGAAGAUCCUUUGAACACGAAAGAUCGGAUAAGAGCAUUCAAAAUGCAUCAUUCGAGAAAAUAUUACUAUCUCCAAGCAUCUUCUCAAGAGGAUAAAGAAAAAUGGAUGCACACAUUGGAGUUGGCUACGAAGGCUGAACUACCUCAUCUUAUGCAGGUGGAAAAUGAAAGCGCACAAGAAAGUCAAUCAAUGAACGAUGUACAAUGAAUAUGCGUACCUUUUUAUCUACCAAACUAGCCAAUUUUUUACUAUUAUAUUCGUGAAUGAGAAGACGAUAUGGCAAUGUAAGAUAAUCGUUAGUAGUUAAUUAGCUAUAUUUAAAAUGACGUUAACUCUUAUGUUAUAUAUAUAUAUUGUUAUUAGUAUAUAUGUACACUACAAGAGAGAAAUCGAGUCAAUAGCGGCUGCUGCCGAAACGCUUGUUGUUUUGUAUAAUGUUCUGUUAUAAUAUAUUUAUAAAUAUAUAUGUCUAUCACGAUACGCUGUGCUGACCGUAAUUUGCAAUGGAAGUCGAUACAUCGUAAUGCUUGAAAAUUAAUUAUGCGCUUCAGUGAUAGUAUGUUAUUUAAGCUACGAGAUUGUUAUUAUCAAAAUCGAUUUUUUAGA